AUGCUGACGAUAAAGCUGCCACAGAUCUUCAUGGUCCAUCAGGUGCCUCGGAUCUUCUGGGAGGAUGGGAUCAUGUCAGGGUACCGGCACCCCAAGAGCUCAGCCCUUGACUGCAUCCUCAGCUCCUUCCAGAUGACUAACGAGACAGUCAACAUCUGGACGCACUUCCUACCGACCUGGUAUUUCGUGUGGCGCUUCCUGGUGCUCUCAUCCUCCCUGGAUUUCUGCCAGGAGCCCUACCACUGGCCCCUGCUCAUCUACCUGCUGCUCGUCUGCCUCUACCCCUUUGCCUCCAGCUGCGCCCACACCUUCAGCUCCAUGUCAGCACGUGCCCGCCAUAUCUGCUACUUCUGCGACUAUGGAGCCCUCAGCCUCUACAGCCUGGGCUGUGCGUUUGCAUUUGCUGCCUAUGCAAUGCCAGACCACUGGGUCAGUGGUGUUUUGCACCACUACUUUGUCCCAGCGGCCGCUUUGAACUCCUUUGUCUGCACCGGCCUCUCCUGCUACUCCCGCUUCCCUGAGCUGGAGCGUCCCCGGCUGAGCAAGGUGCUGCGGACAGCAGCUUUCGUGUACCCCUUCCUCUACGACAACAUCCCACUCUUCUACCGGGCUUUCACCAACGCCCCAGCAGGCAGGCUCCAGCGAGCCCCUGCUUCCCUGGCUGGCAAACUCCCGCUGAGACGGGAAAGAACAACUCCAGAUGGGUAA